AUGACUUUUAUUCUCAAUGUUAUUAAUUCACCAUCAUCCGUCCAUGCAUUAUCUACAUCAGCAUGUUCACCAUAUUUAUUUUCAAUCAAUACCGAUAUACGUACAAAUAAUCAAUACAUUCGACCAUGUCCAGUAUCAACACCUUGUCAAUGUAUAUGCGAUAUUGAAAGUAAACGUUUAUGGAUUGAUUGUUUUUAUCGAAAAUUAACAUCAAUGCCAAUAUUUCAAAGGAUUCCAACAAAUAAUACAGUUAUUGAAUGGAAUAUUGAUUUAGCAUUUAACUUAUUUGAUACGGUAUCAUUUAAUAAUAAAACAAAAUGGAUACCUGAUAAUAUGCAUAUACGUCAUAUGGUGCUUUCUAGUUCACUUGCAUAUGAUCUUAUUGUACAAUUAAAUUUAUCUCAUCGACAUUUAAUUGAUAUAUGGCCUAGUCAACAACAUUUACCUAUUAUUGAUGAUCAAUUUCAGCUAUUUGAUGAUUAUGAAUACGAUAAGUCUGAGGAGGAGGACAAGAAAGAUAUCAAUGAACUCUAUAAAUUGAAACGUUCAAUAAUGUCAUCAAAUGCUGAAUAUAAACAUCUUCUAACUGAAUUAACAUUAAAACUACGAGAAAAAACUAAACGAAUUAAUCUAUUUAAAUUAUCAUUAUCCGGUGAACCUGCACCAAUAUCAAAUCUUUAUCUUGAUCAUAAUUCUUUUGAUUCUAUACCCACUCAAGCUUUAUAUAACGCAACAGGUUUAUAUGAAAUAUAUUUAUCAUUUAAUAAUAUAGCUGAAUUACCAGCAUUUGCAUUUGGAUUUUCUCAUCGUCUUACACGUAUCGAUUUAUCACAUAAUAAAUUAAUAUCAAUAAGUAAUUUAACAUUUCAAAGACAUCCAAAUGCAUUUGCUGGUCCAUUUCUUAUUGAUUAUCUUGACUUAUCACAUAAUCAAUUAACAACAUUAGAAGCAAAUACUUUUGCUUAUCUUGUUAAUUUACGUUUACUAAAAUUAGAACAUAACCAAAUACGUUCAAUAUCUGCACACGUAUGGACUGGUUUAUAUCGUUUAAAAUAUCUUGAUUUAUCACAUAAUUAUAUAGAAAAUUUUACUCAAGCUUUUUAUAGUGGUUAUCUUAAUGAACUAAAUCAAUUGAAAAUUACAUCAAAUAAUCUAAGUCAAAUAGGUCCAUGUGAAUUUUUAUCACUUAAAAGAUUAUCUAAACUUAAUCUAAGUGGAAAUAAUAUUACAACAAUUGAUACUUGUUCAUUUUAUGGUCUUCAUCAUACAACAACUUAUUCAUCAUUAAAUGUACAUUUACGUUCAAAUCAACUUGAAACAAUUCAUCCAUGUACAUUUAAUAAUUUUGCACGUUCAACAAUUCAUUUAGAAAAUAAUCCAUUAAUAUGUAAUUGUUCAUUUAAUUAUUUAUUACAUAAUCGUCAAUCACUUGCUUAUACUGGGCAAGAAUGUCUUGGUGGAUUUUUAUAUCAAUCACAACAACAACAAUUAACAUUACCUGCCGUCCGUAAAACAAAUUCAACAUUAACUAAAAAGCCGAUUAAUGCUUCAAUGCCAUGUCAAGAUUCAUAUACAUAUUAUAAUGAUCUCUGUUCAAAACUUGAUUGUUCAAGUGAAUGUGCACCUAAUGAACGUUAUAUUAUUCAAAUAACAACAAUACCAACACCAAGUGGAACAAUAUUUAUCUAUCAACCAACAGUCGCUUCUAUGUUUAUUGUUGUUUUUGUUCAUUAUAGUCAUUUUUUCUCUCUUGUAUAA